UUCGAAGAGGGUUUUAGCAUUUAGGGUUCUUGGCUCUAGAUCAUGGAAAUGCGAGAGAAAUGGACUGGAGAGCUCACUGUGGAGCAAUGCUGUAACCGCGCUGCUGCUACACGCGCCUAUGCCCGCUAUCCGCUCAAGCUCGUGCUUCCAUCCAAGGUUGCUUGCUCGGGGAUCGAUGCUGUCUGGGUGUAUUUAGUGACUUAUGGCGGUGGAAUCGUGUCCGGAGACUCGAUCAGCUGUAAAGUUUCUGUGGGAGAUCAUUGUACUCUUGUUCUUACGACUCAAUCUUCGACCAAGAUUUACAAGGCAGUCCAAGGCAAGUUCUCCGAGCAAGUUUUCAAGGCUCUCGUAGCGAAGGAUGCUCUUCUCGUGAUGAUGCCGGAUCCCGUCACAUGUUUUGCAGCCGCGAAGUACAAACAGGUCCAGCACUUCUUUUUAUCGCUCGAUGCCAACCUCGUUCUUGUGGACUGGUUUACAAGCGGGCGAAGAGAACGCGGUGAGGUUUGGGCGUUUGAGUCCUUCAGAAGCACCAACAAUGUUUACCUGGAUGGCAAUCCCGUCUUCCUGGACACCAUGAACUUAGAGCAGGACGUAAGUUUGCCAAUAUCGUCGAGGCUGCAAGACUUUCACUCGGUUGCGAUGCUCGUAAUUUACGGUCCUCGCUUAUCUUCGAUCCGGAAGCGCAUUGAAGAGAGAGUAGGAAGUCAAUGUGAGGAGGCUGUAAGAAAGAAGAAGCACAGAUCGUCAACGCAUGGAAGAUUGUUGUGUUCGUUCAGCUCGUUUGGACCAUCCGACGCUGGCCUCGUAGUUCGUGUUGCAGCAGUCGAAACAGAACUGAUAUACGACUUUCUCAAGCAGGAACUGGCCGAGCUGUCGGACUUAAUAGGUGCUCCUCCAUACUAUGGCAAAUAGUCCACACAAACGCACGUUACGAAGCAGGAGAGAGCAUCGCAGCCGUUAGACAGCUGCAUCCUACGGUAGUCCUUUGCAGCCGUUAGAGUCAUUGCUUGGGAUCUCUUCUUCUCUUUAUGGCCAAGAAGAAAUGGGAAGACGACGACUUUGAUCCACAUUGUCCAACACUUCUCCAACAGGUCCUCACGUACAAGUCAAAAACACGUCGCCUCUUUUCUCCGUGGACGACUUCGUCGGACUCCUCGGCUUCGAUCGAGAGCUACGGCUCCACCGAAUCGCGGGGCUCGUCCGACAGCCGCGGCUCGUGGGAUCUAGACGAUCUCAUCAAGGCUGCCAAUAUCUCCUCGUCAUCCUCUUCCGAAGUCUCGGCCAUUCUAAAGUCACUCGCAAACUCCGACGACGAAGAAGACCUAUCCAUUAUUAAAGCACCACCAAAAGCACUCACGCUGACGAGAUUGGCCUCUUCAAGUCCAGACAAAGAAAAGGUGGAAGACAACAAAGCACAAAUCAUAUCCACGACUCCUCCUGUUGGUAGUCAGUCACCGUUGUAAAGGGACCCCACUCUACAUAGUAAGCCUUGGACUGCAUAACUCGAGCACAGCUCCUCCACUCCAGAAUGGCCUCGUCUUUCCAGGUUCUUCUCAUGUUCUUUGCUCUUACAGUCAUUCUCUCCAAUUCAGCUGAUCCAGAUCCACUCCAAGACUACUGCCUUCCUACUCAAGCGCAGCAGCACCAGUGCAAGAGCUCGCCUUCACCCAGUGACUUCGUCUCCAGAGUCCUGGGAAACGCCCCCAAUUUCCAGCCACCGCAGACCUGGAACGCCUCUCUACUGUCCUCGGCAAACUUCCCAGCUCUCAACACCAUGGGCCUCUCCAUCGCCAGAGCUCACCUGGGAGUCGGAGGCACGGUCCCGCUGCACUACCACCCCCGAGCAUCCGAGCUCAUCUACAUCGCGGAAGGAGAGGUGGAGGCUGGGUUUGUCGACUCGAACAACGUCCUGUUCGCGCAGACCCUCCAGCCGGGAGACGUGAUGAUCCUUCCCAAAGGCAUGCUCCACUACCAAUACAAUCCUGGCAGCAGCAGAGCCACGGUGCUGGCCUCGUUCGAUAGCCAGAGCCCCGGAAUCGUCCUCCCUGGCCCCGGUGUGUUUGGCUCUGGGAUUCGAGACGAAGUUAUCGCGUCGUCCCUCGGGGGACUCGACCACGCCACGCUUGAAGCAGUGAAAGCUAAGUUCAAGCCUCGGUCGUGAUACAGUCUGUUUGUGAUUGAUUCGAAUAAGCAAUCAGAAUUGACUAUAAAAUUGUCGUUUUUCA